GCUAACAAUUAUAUUUUCUGCGCUAUGUAUCUUUGUCAAGCUCCGGGACUCCUUAUCCCAAUGAGUCACUCAAUCAGGCAAUCAGGCAAAUCAACGAUCGCCUCGCUUACUCGGUUCAUCUCAGCACCCAGCCAUACUAAACUAUAUGGUGGUAUUGUGUGUAACAACCCACGUUACUACAACAUGUCGUUGCAGCUGCCGAUCUGCAUGUGGGGAAGAAGCUUGGAAUGGUCUGAUGUAAAGGUUAUCAUGUGGUUUUGA